AUGCCAAAGACAACGACCUCGUCAUCCUCCAAGUUGCACACCGCCUCAUCCGUUACUCGAGGCAGCGCAGCGGCAACUGCUGCUACCUUCACCUCCACCCCCGCGACCGACAUCGCCAUACGAUCUCUCUGGGAUCGUACGUUCUCGAAUGGCGAUACAUACCGCGGUGAGGCGCUCUACGUCAACGACAAGGACCGAAAACCUGUGAAAGAUGGGAAGGGAUGCUACACGUGGGCUUCCAGCGGGGCUGCGUACGAUGGAGACUGGAAGGGCGGACUGCCACACGGUACGGGGGUGGUGAGCGUGCCUGGAGUCAACGGCUACGAGUACACGGGGGAGUUCAAAGAUGGAAAACGCAGCGGCAAAGGGUGCUGCCAAUUUUCCAACGGUCGGGUCUACGAGGGUGAGUGGAGAGAAGACGAGAUGAACGGGACAGGUACCCUGCGUGGCGCGUCGAACGUGGACGACUUUACUGAAUACACGGGCGGCUUCCAGAAUGGGAUGCGCAGCGGACGGAAGGGGAGGUGUAUCUACGCUAACGGAGACAUCUACGAUGGCGCCUGGGCUGCAGGGAAGCGCCAGGGAUUCGGGGAGUGGCAGCUGCAUAGGCCGGCAGUGAGUGCUACAGCUGCGACUGCAGCUCGCCCUGUUCGCUACCGGGGUGCCUUUGAGCGCGACGCGCCACAAGCGAGCAGCAGUGGUGAGGCAGAGCUUGAGUACGCAGAUGGAAGCCUCUACGCUGGCGGCACUGACGCGCAGAUGCGGCGGCACGGCAUGGGUGUUCACCGUCUCGCUAAUGGGGAUGUGUUUGAAGGCUCGUUUGCUCAGGACCAGCGCGAAGGUAAGGGUAUUUUGCAAGGAAGCGAUGGCGCGGUGUGCGAGGGGUAUUGGCAUAAUGGUCAGCUCAAUGGGGAGGUGCGGAUCACGUUCGCCGCCCUGUCGUCGUCGCUUGCCUCCGCCUCUUACUCGGCGGCCCACCCGGAGGACAUUCGCACUACCUCCUCGGCAUCCAUUGCGAGUCUGCUGCGGCUGAACCAGCCAGAGCAUGCUGCCCAUCCGAUGAAGACGUAUCAUGGCCCGUGCGUUGCGGGCAUAUUCACCGGUAGCUCUGCUAUCAUCACGUACAUGGAUGGGAGCAGCUACCACGGCGCUGUGCGCAACGGCGUCCCUCACGGUGCGGGUAUUUUACGCGAUCGACCCCUACCCUGCUCUACUGGCGUGCGCGGCACCAGCGCUGACGGUGUUGUUCGCAAGCGCAUUCCAGCCACGUGCGUACCACUUGACGUGCUGCUCACACUCAUUUUCUACGAGGGAACCUUCUCCAACGGCGAGGCGGAUGGUAGCGGUACUGGAGAGUGGCACACAGAGUCGUCAACACAGCUAGCCCCAUCACACUCGUCGUCGCCGACCGAGGCGCCGAUCACGCCUCACAAUUUCAUGCAAGCGCUAGGGACGGGGCUGCGCUGCUGGACCCCUGUCAUGUAUGGACGCCUAGAUGGAACUUACACAGGAAACUGGGCGCGUGGCCUCCCCCAUGGACAGGGAAUCUGGCAGUGGUCGGACGGGUCGCGUUACUCUGGAGGGGUGGCGCAGUACGUGCCCAGCGGUGCUGGCACUUUGACAAGCGCGUCGUCUGUCCAGUACACCGGUGACCUUCAGGAGGGCCAGGCGGAGGGAAGCGGUGUGUGGGAGGACAAGGCACGGGGUCUCAAGUACGAGGGGCAGUGGCUGACUGGUCAGCCCCACGGGUCCGGUGUGGCCACAUUACUGGCCGUAGCAUUGCCACCCUCUCUUCAGUCAUCCGCGCCAACGGUCUCGGUGAGCUCGCACAUGUACGAGGGGUCGUGGGCAGACGGAAAGCCAUCUGGCCAAGGCAGGGAGUACACCUCUGAGGAUCGUCGCCACGUCGCCUACGAGGGCGGCUACGUCGACGGGUUCCGCGAGGGCGAAGGGACCAUCUCUUUUGACGACGCGGGUGGCACCACCGGCGACCCGAGCCUGACACCGUCACCUGGGAUGUCGCUGCCGCGCUAUCUUAAGUACAAGGGCAACUUUCUACGAGGUGCUCCCGGCGGCGGCACUGGCUGUUUAACCCUUAGCAACAAGACCAGCAUUGAGGGUGGCUUCGAUGCACAGCUGCAGCUGCUGCCCGACAGGGAUGUCAGCAUCAGAUCGGGGAACGAGACGUGGACGUUCAAGGGCGUCUACUACGCGGCGAAGCACACGGGUUGUGGCGUCAUGACCUUUGCGAAUGGUGACGUGUACAACGGCGAGGUUGAAGACGCCAGCUGCGGAGACGGAAGGCAGCAUCAGCAGUCUCUCUUCAAUCUACAGCGUCACGGCCAUGGCACUUACAAGUUCGUGGAGGGCAACCAGCUCCGCUGCACAUGGCGGCAUAAUGUCCUUCACGGCGCCGGCACAUACACGUCGUCGGACGGUGUGCAGACAGAGCGGAAGUACGUAGAUGGAGUGCUGGUGGGUGACGCAGUAGUUGCCAAUGAUGGCGGCUGCGGCGGUGCGCACCUUGAAGUGGACACCGGUGCCAUCAAGGGCAACGUCUUUACUCCUGAGAAUGAGUUCCCAAACACGCUGUCGGCGGAGGCGCUAAAGUCCCGUAUGCCAGAGUUGCAGAGGCAAUCACAGUCGCAGUCGCGGAAGCGGCAGCCCUUCGCCUUUAUACGGAAGGGAGAAGCCCGUCAAGCCUCCGCGGCCGGUGAGGCAGCGGUAGUCAGCAGUGCUGCCCCUACAGGGACGUCCUCGGCGACCCCAGUGCAACGACGCAGUCCACGACACGACUUGAAGGAUGCAAAGCGACAGCUGGCGCCGCCGCCCACCGCCGCAAACCAGAAGCGUAGCCCUCGUACCUCUGCCGUUGGCUCCGCGCCGCUAAAUGACAUUGGCGCUAACGGAGGUGACGGUGGCGGCAGCCACCCGCGCGCGACCCGUUACGGCCCCCUGCCGUCGACCAAAGGUGUGCCCACUGACGUCUCGUCGCCGCGCUCGACGCCCAAGUACAGCCUGCGGCGACCCCAGCGAGCGGCUAACAAUGCGCCUCCUCCUGCCACCGUUCCAUCCUCUGGUGACGGUACGUCACCCACUGCCACAGUGCCGACAGACGCAGUACUCUUCCUCAUGCGCCGUGCCAAGGACGGCACUGGCGGCGCUGGUGCCACCGCGCCGACAUCCUCUGCGUAUCUCUCGAAGUUUCAGGCCGGCAUCCGCCAGCUCGACGCGGUAACGCGGGCUGACUCAGCCACCCCUUCCACGGCAUCCGGCUUCCUGACGCCGACAGCGACAGAUUCGUCGUUCCCCGUCGCCACAUCGACGCAGUUCGCUUCACGAGGUCGACUCAGCUCUGCACUGGCAGCUGGGCGGGCCCAGGAGGUUCAGCAGCGGGUGCUCAAGCCUCUCAAGGGCUCUCUCAAGGCAUUGAUGGAUGCCGCGAGUUCGAUACGCAACAGCCAAGAGGAUGAGAUUCAUCUCCUCACCGAGGAGCUGCGGGCACUGAACGAGCGUAUUUGGCAGCUGCGCUUCACGCUGGCGUCGAAAGAAGAGGAGGACAGUGACAGGGGCGCAGGCAGGAGGGCCUACGUGAAGGCGGCACCGCCGACGAAAGCGACAGGAAAGCGAUCAUCCACCUCCAAAGAGGACCUCGACGCCCUCGUGCAGGAACGGCGCGUAAUAAUGGAAAAGCUACAGUACGUUCUGAACGAGUCGGUAGAGUAG